AUGUCGGCACCAGACUAUCGCUACCUUCAGGCAUGGGCUCGCCCCUCUGCUUCCAAAUCCUCUUCAUCAUCCAGCUCCACCUCGAAACGCCUCUACGAUGGCAGCACCUCGUACGAAGCUGUUUUGCCCACCACCGAUGGGGACACCUCUACCCCGGCAACGCAGACUCAGGACAAGGAUGCGCAACCACAGCAGCAGCAGUCGGCCUAUCAGGUUCGACUCGACACUCCGGGCGGUAUUUCGUAUGCGCCUGAUGCGCUGGCGCAGCACAAUUCGGUCAAGCGUUUGUUCAUCCCUUCUACCAUGCACGAUCGCGAUACCAAGGAGUACGAUUUUGCGCGCGAGAUCGAGACAAAGGAGAAGAAGGCGACAGCGGUGGUGGCCGAGAAGGGUCCAGAGCUAGACGAGCAUGGAAGGACGCAGGCACAGGCGUACAAGGAAAGUGUGGAACAGCAACAUUCGGAUAGGGCUUCAACUCCAGACCAAGUCAAGCCCUUCGAGUUUCCUUCAUCAACAGAGCCAGCUGCGGAAGAGGGCAGCAUCCAGGCUAAGAGCGGUGACACGGCUUCGAUCAUGACCAACGCUACGGCCGUUUCGACGCAGUCCAAGAUGACGACACUCACCCUGACCGCAGAACGCACGCAGACACUGCCCGUCAACGUAUCCGUCAACGCAGUAGCUACCCCCUUCCGACCACCGCCUUCCAUCACCGGCGACGCGUCCUCGGCACGAACACCCUGGGCUGCCACCAGCAGCUGGACCUCCCACCGCGCGCUCGACCGCAUCACGGAAAAGGAAAAGAAGCUCGGCAUCACCCACUUCGAAGAAGCCACCCAAGGCAGAGUCCCCUCGGCCCACGAAGCGAGUCUGUUCCAGCACCCGUCGGACGCGGCGACGAUCAAAACGGCGCGUGCAUCGGGCGAGCUGCUUGUAGAAGACCUGUUUGUGCCCGACCCGAGACCGUGGCGUCCGCUUCGAUACGUGCGCAAAGUGGAUCCGCGUCAGAUGCUCAUCCUGUGUGCAGGCGCUGCGUUGACGCCAGGUCAGGUGGCGGCCAUGAAGCUCGGUAGUGAUGCAAGCUCGAUGCUCACCACCGACACGUCAGCCACCCUUUUCGGUGCGUCGGAUGCAGCUUCGGUCUACAGUUCCGUGCCUACCGACUUUUCGGUCCAAGCGACGCGCAAAGCCAUGUUCGGCGCGGGCAAGCUGCCAGACUACAAGUCGCUCGAGGCGCAACUCAAGACGUCCUCGUCCCUAUCCGCCUCACACGAGGUGGAAGAGAAGCGCGCGGGUCUCGGGUUCGUCUUCUGCCCCACACAUGACCCACGUGCACGUCAUGCAUCCUACAAACGCUCGCCCGAAGUGGAUGUGGAGCCCAACUUCUCGCGCAGACUCGAACGUGCGCCCGAGCUGUGCCACUCGACCGUUCGCCGAGCCGCAUUACGCUCUGCGCUCGCCGCGCUCGAGUUCACCAGAUGGGAGUCCGAGGGCUUUGACAAGCUCGUCAUCGCCACGCACCACACGUGGCUCGUCGACGGGAUCAGUCGUUGGAUCUGGGAGUGGCGGCACAACAAGUGGCGCAUCAUGGCCGAGUCGCCGCUGGGGCAGGUGGGCGAGCAGGUGCCCGACCGCGAUCUGUGGGAGCUCCUCGACAAGGCGGUCAAAGCGUACGAGGAGAUCGACUGCACCGUGAGGUUCUGGAAGGUGAGCAAGGAGCAGAAUGCGGCAGCGGUGGCGUUGGCGCAAGAAGGCGCAUGCAAGGAGAAUCAGCAGCCGGGCACGGUGCGCUGGACCAAGAAGAAAGUGCUUUCGAGUGUAUGA